UUGGUUCUCGACAUUCCAGGCGACCUUACUGAGGCAGCCCUCGACCGCACCCGGAUUUCCCAGGUGGUGGGAAACCUUCUGGAGAAUGCUAUCGUCAAUACGCCCGAGGGUGGAGUGGUGACAGUGACCGCUGAAACUGGCCGCUCAGCCGUGACCAUUUCCGUUAGCGAUACCGGCCCCGGCAUUACUCCGGAGGAUGCUGAGAGGGUGUUUGAUCGCUUUUAUCGUGUCGACCCGUCCCGCUCCAGGGCCACCGGGGGGGCCGGGCUGGGGUUGACCAUUGCCAGGCAACUGAUCGAGUCCCACGGCGGGGCUAUUUGGGUAGACGGCGCUACAGGACAGGGAUCCACAUUCAUUUUCACCCUUCCGUUGAAUCGGGAUUCGGAAUAA